AUGGCGCAGGAUGAUCCGGUUGUUUCUGCUCAGUGGCUGCACGAGCACCUAGGAAUGCCUGAUGUCAAGGUUUUGGAUGCUUCCUGGUACAUGCCAGUAGAGAACAGGGAUCCAUGGGAAGAAUAUCAGGUGGCACACAUCCCUGGUGCGCUAUUCUUCGACUUAGAUGGCAUAGUUGAUCGGACAACUGAUUUACCACACAUGUUGCCAUCAGAAGAGGCUUUUGCAGCAGCAAUUUCUGAGCUGGGUAUAAAAAACCAGGAUAAAGUUAUUGUUUAUGAUGGAAAGGGAUUCUUCAGUGCACCUCGUGUUUGGUGCCCUGAUGAUGCAGUUCUGAAAUCAAAUGCUGCAAAUAAGGCUGUCGAAAGGGUUUAUAAUGGUGAACAGAAAAUUACCCACAUUCAAAUUCGCAGAUUUGAUGGUGUAGCACCAGAACCACGGAAAGGGGUAAGAAGUGGACAUAUACCAGGAAGCAUCUGUGUUCCAUUCCCUGAGAUGUUCGAUGGUGCACCAAACCUUCUCUCUUCAGAUGAGCUGCGGCAAAAGUUUCAGCAAGCAGGAAUUUCCCUAGACCAAUCCAUUGUUGUCACUUGCGGAUCUGGCGUGACUGCAUGCAUACUUGCUCUGGGGCUCUACAGGAUUGGAAAGCAUGAUGUUCCAGUUUACGAUGGAUCUUGGACAGAAUGGGAAGCACAAUCAGAUUCCGAUUACCCAAAAGUUACCGCUCCUGCUUGUUAA